AUGUACACACUGGCCAGGGCGUCAUGCAGGAUCAAACCUGUUGACACCUCUGCCGUUGCACAGCGCCUCCCCAGUCUAUACAAUUUUCACCGAUGCCGGUCUACUCUCUCAAGAAUAUGGGUGCCGACGGGAGGAAUUGCCGAAACGGAAAACGAGUCCGGGCAUGAAAAGCUCGUGCGUGCCGGUUUUCUACGACAGUCUCAAGCCGGGAUAUUUCAAUUUCUCCCGUUAGGCCUUCGUGUGCAAAAGAAGAUUGAGAAAUUGAUCGAUAAGCACAUGGAGUCGAUUGGAGCAUCGCGACUCUCAUUGUCUAGUAUCACAACUGAAGAAUUAUGGAGAAAAAGCGAUCGGCUAGACAGCGUCGCCCCAGAGCUCUUUCGUCUCAAAGAUCGUAAAGAGGUUCCACUUAUGCUUUCGCCAACGCACGAGGAGGAAAUAACUACAUUGGUCGCAAACACACUACAAUCGUAUAAAGACCUGCCUUUGAGACUGUAUCAGAUAACCAGAAAGUAUCGUGAUGAGAUGCGGCCGAGGCAAGGUUUGCUUCGUUCCCGUGAAUUCAUCAUGAAGGAUCUUUAUACCUUUGACCAAUCCCCGGAGGCUGCGAUCAAAACGUAUGAGCAAGUUCAAACAGCCUACAAGGCCAUCUUUGACGAGAUGAAAGUGCGAAUUCUCGUUGCCGAAGCAAGCUCGGGAGAUAUGGGCGGGAACCACAGCCAUGAAUACCAUCUAGCUGAUCCGACGGGCGAAGAUACUGUUGCGCAUUGCACUGGCUGUGGGUAUACAGCAAAUGAUGAGGUCGCAGUCUCGCGGGCGAAACGAUCAAAUGCCUUCGACACAUCUGUGCCAUCUAACUACGGGUUAUGGAGAGGGAUCACCAAAGACCGAAAGACGCUCAUCAACGCUUGGUAUCCUCAACAUAACGGCGGCAGACUCAAUUUUCAUGUCGUCAAGAGUCUGGUUCCAGAAUUGGAUACUAGUGUGCACGAUCCUUUACCGCUUUGGGAGGUCGCAGUUGACAGCCCCGAGACGGUGUUGGUGAAUAUCAUCGACAGCGAACUUGCGUCCAGCUUUGGAAAUAUUCAUUCCGAGUUGCCUCUUCUCCCCGAAGAACUACGAGAUGAUUUUAUUGGCCCUCAGUUCGCAACAAGCACAACUGCUAGUGGUGAAGGUUUGAAUUUGCUGGCCGUGGCUGAAGGCGAUGGCUGUCCCCGAUGCGCUCCUGGAGUUCUGAAAAUUGAUCGAGCCUUGGAGCUUGGGCACACAUUCUACCUAGGCUCACGGUAUUCAAAGCCACUCGAAGCUCUCGUGACGCUUCCUGUCAGGCCAUCACAGCCAGUUCCCAUCCAAAUGGGUUGCUUUGGCAUUGGUGUGUCGCGCAUUUUUGGUGCCGUGGCCGAAAAUACAGCCGAUAGCCGGGGUUUAAACUGGCCCAGAGCCAUCGCGCCGUUUGAGGUCGCCGUCAUCCCGUCCUCGACCGUCAAUGACGAGACGCUCGCCUUUUUCGAUUCCCUCACUGGGAGUCGGUCGUUUGACGCCGUGCUGGAUGAUCGGAAAAGACCCUUUGGGUGGAAAAUGAAGGAUGCUGAUAUGACGGGCUAUCCGGUUGUUGUGAUUCUCGGCAAAGCGUGGAGGGAGCGUAGUGUUUGCGAGGUUCAAUGCAGAAGGCUAGAGCUCAAGCAGGAAGUCGCUGCAUCAGAGCUUCCGGAGGUUCUGGGGGAGCUGCUACAACAGCUUUAG